GAAGGCGAAGGCGAAGGCGACGACGGGGGAGGAGGCUUUUCCUUUCUCCUUUUAUCUCCUAAAAGAUGCCGAAGCACUACCGGCCCCCGGGGAAGAAAAAGGAAGGAAACGCGGCGAAGUACAUCACGAGGACGAAGGCGGUUCAUUAUCUUCAAGUUAGUCUGUCCACCUUCAGGAAACUAUGCAUUCUCAAAGGUAUUUUUCCACGGGAACCGAAGAAGAAGGUGGAAGGGAACCACAAGACUUACUAUCACAUGAAGGAUAUCUUGUUUCUCGCCCACGAGCCUCUACUCGAGAAAUUCAGGUACUACUCCUUUGAAAAAGGGAGCUUUAUACAUUAUAUAAUCAGGUUGGUGUAUUUGCUAAACAUUGUGUCUUAA